GCGCGUGAGGCGGCGGCGGCGGCGGGGCCUGGGCCGGCAGCAUGUCGGGCUCGGAGGAGUAUUCCUCGGCCGAGGACGAGGACUACGUGCCCUCAGGUGGGGAGUACAGUGAGGACGACGUGAGCGAGCUGGUGCGGGAGGAGGAGGUGGCGGCGGCGGCGGACAGCCCGCGGCCCCGCGGCGGCAGGAGCAGCCGCCCCGCCAGCAGGAAGAGGAAGAAGGGAGGUCUCCUGUUAGAGGAAGAGGAGAAAGGGGAAGGAAAAGCUCAGCCCAAUGAAGAGGAGGAGGAAGAGGAAGGGAAUAAUGUAGAGCAGGUGGAAAUAAGCAGAGAAGAUGAAGAAAAAAAGAAAGAGGAUGCUCUUUGGGCCAGCUUCCUUAGUGAUGUGGGGCAGAAACCCAAAGCAGGGGCUACGACACAAGUGGCACAAGCAAAGAAGGCUGAAGAAAAGAAGAGUGAGAACAACCUUCGGGAGAAACCAAAAGAGUCUGAGAAGCCAAAAGAUUCAGGAAAAGUCACCAUCACCAAAGUGUUUGAUUUUGCUGGGGAGGAGGUCAGAGUGACUAAAGAAGUGGACUCAGCCUCAAAAGAAGCUAAAUCUUUUCUGAAGCAGCAAGAGAAGCGACAGUCAGCAGCUCCAGCUUCCCUCCCAACAGUCUCUGGGGUGAAGAGGCCAAGUGGCAUGAGCAGCCUCCUGGGGAAGAUUAGCUCCAAAAAGCAGAAGAUGAGCACACUGGAGAAAUCCAAACUGGACUGGGAGAGCUUCAAGGAGGAGGAGGGGAUUGUAGAGGAGCUGGCGAUCCACAACCGAGGGAAAGAUGGGUACAUCGAGAGGAAAGCAUUCCUGGAGCGUGUGGAUCACAGGCAGUUUGAAAUUGAACGUGACCUCAGACUGAGCAGGAUGAAGCCCUGACGUGCUGGGGGAGGUGGAUCCUCCUCCCCUCCUGUGCCCGGGCACUGGCUGGGGGCUGCCAGCCACCCCCCCUGACCAGCAGGCACAAAAACUGUUCUCCACCCAAGACUCGGCCUGUCUGUCUCAACACACAGGUUUUUUUUUUUCCUUUUACUGUAAUAGUUUGGGGAGGGUAUUUGUCAGUGGGAAGGGUUCCUUUGAGGGUGAAAUGGCAGGUGACAGAAGAGACCAGCCUGAUUCUGGCAGGAAUUCCAAGCAGAAGAGAUGGUGACCCCCAACCUUUUGCCAGCCCAGGGGGCUUCUGGCAGCAGGAGGAGCAGCCACCAAGACUGGGAGGGUGCUGGGGCCUGGGUUGAGGCUUGGCUGGUAGGUUUGAUUUCAAGAGGAGCUGCAGGAAGGUUUGGCAGCUGCUGUGCAUGCCCAGGCUGUGGGAUCCGGGGCUGGAGCCCUUCUCCCUGCUCUGCCAGCCCUGCAGUGCUCCCUGCCCCUCUGUGCUGUGCUCCUGCCCGGACAAAGCCCAACUGUCUGUACUUGUUUGUGGGGUCUGACGAUGCUGGGGAGGGGGAGGAGGGGGGGGUUAAGCAAGGCAAUGAAGAAAUCCUUCCUUGUUCACGCUGUCAGGAGGAUGGGAGCAGCUGCAGCAGGCAGGACGGGCCGGGAUCCCAGCCUUCACGUGAAUAAAAUAUUCCAUCCCAACA